AUGUGGAUUCAAGUCAGAAGUUUCGAUGGGAAGAUUUCGAUGCAAGUUGACAACUUGUCGAAGUUGACGAAAAUUGAAGAUUUGCGAGAGCGACUUGUUGCAAAGUUCAAUGCCCCAACUGAUAGACAACGCUUAUUUUACAGAGGGAAACAGUUGACAGAUGGACAUUCACUGUUUGACUACAAUGUUGGCCUGAAUGACCUGAUACAGAUCUUGGUUAGACAAGAUGCACCAUCCGAAAAAGUCACAUCUCAAAUCAAUGGCUACAACAGUGGUGGAGAGGAGAGUUCUGCCUCAGACAAGGAAAAUAAAAGGCCCUUGACGCCAGAUGCUGGGGUUGCUUCGACAUCAAAUGAAGAAGUGGAGAGUAAAGAAAUUGUAGAAGAUUUACAAUCUACAUAUAAGGUUGGAGACAUAAUUGAUGCAAGAGAUACUUCAGUAGGAGCAUGGUUUGAGGCAAAAAUUGUGAAAAUUGUGGUAGACACUGGGAAAAAAGUGGAGAAAGUAGCUGAACCUAACAAUAAUGACAAUACAGUGAUUGGAACUGAACACAACAAUAACCUUUUGAGUGAAAAACUUAGAGAUUCUAGUGAACAAACAGGCAGUCAUGACACUGGUGACAAUUCUAUGGAGGUGGAUGACAACAGCGAAAAAACAGACAAAAUAAAAACAGACAAAAACUUUGAGGAAAUAGACAAUUUAAAUGAUGGUUUUGUUUAUCAUGUUGUUUUUGAAGGAUAUGAAGAUACAGAUGCAGAGGAGCUUACAUGUGGAAGAAUCCGUCCACGUGCGAAGACAAUUUUAAAACUUUCAGAAGUUAAAGAAGGACAAAAAGUUAUGAUAAAUUACAAUGUUGAUGAUCCAGACCAGCGUGGGUUCUGGUACGACGCUAUUAUCACCAAGAAACAGGACACCAGAACAAUCAAGAAAAUUUUAGCAACAGUUUUCAUAGGCCCUGACCUCAUGCCUCUUGAUGACUGCAACAUUCUAUUUUUGAAUGAAAUAUUUGAAAUUGAAAAAGCUGGUACACAACUUAAUGUGGAAGAUGUUACUAAAGAUCCGUCACAAUCACCUGUGAAACGUCAGAACAAGCCAGAUUGUAGUCAUUGCAUGGACAACCCUCGUAGGAAAUGUAAGCACUGUGCUUGUUGUGUGUGUGGUGGUAAGAACGACCCUGACAAACAGAUCCUCUGUGAUGAGUGUGACCAGGCCUACCAUCUCCAGUGUAUGAACCCUCCGCUCGACAGUAUUCCUGAGGACGAUGAGUGGUAUUGUCCAGAUUGUAAAACAGACAGUGAUGCAAUUGUAAAAGCUGGUGAGAAGUUAAAAGAAAGCAAAAAGAAAGCCAGGAUGGCAUCAUCAACAAACUCCACGAGUCGAGACUGGGGGAGGGGAAUGGCUUGUGUGGGCCGACAGAAUGUGUGCACAGUUGUUCCAGCAAAUCAUUUUGGGUCCAUUCCUGGUGUAGAGGUUGGCACCCUGUGGAAGUUCAGGGUUCAGGUUAGCGAGGCUGGAGUACACAGACCACAUGUGGCUGGUAUCCAUGGACGUGAAGAUGUUGGAGCAUUUUCUAUUGUACUUUCUGGAGGCUAUGAAGAUGACAAGGAUGAUGGAGAACAGUUUACUUACACAGGAAGUGGAGGUCGCGACCUUUCUGGAAAUAAGCGUACAGCAGAACAGUCAUGUGACCAGGUUCUGACACGCAUGAAUAAAGCUCUUGCUAAGAACUGCAAUGCCACCAUAGACAACAAGAAGGGUGCUUGUUCUGAAGAAUGGAAGAAAGGGAAGCCAGUGCGUGUCGUACGCAACUGUAAGGGAAGGAAACACUCCAAGUAUGCCCCAGAGGAAGGCAACCGCUAUGAUGGUAUUUACAAGAUAACCAAAUACUGGCCAGAGAAAGGGAAAUCUGGUUUCCUUGUCUGGAGGUACCUCUUAAAGAGAGAUGACCCAACUCCAGCUCCCUGGACAAAAGCUGGCAAGAAGCGUAUUGAAGAACUAGGCUUGGAAAUGCAGUAUCCUGCUGGGUAUCUGGAGGCCAUGGCGAAGAAAGAGGAGGAAGAGGAAACAUCAGGAUCCUCUUCUGGGAAGAAGAGAAAAGGCAAGAGGAAGAGAAGUGACUCUGAUUCCUCACCAGGUGGCACUCCAGAGAAGAAACAGAAGGUGGCCAAAUACAAAAUAGACUCGGCACAGCUACAGCUCAUCAAACAGGAUGAAAUUAACAAAAAGCUGUGGGAGGAUGCUAUGUUACUUACCAAGGAGGGGGGACAGAAGUUUCUAGGGAAAGUAGAGGAGCUUUUCAAUUGUAUCUGUUGUCAGGAGGUUGUGUUCAAACCUGUCACAACUGUCUGCAACCAUAAUAUCUGUAAGCCAUGUUUACUCAGAUCAUUCAAAGCUGAGGUGUACAGCUGUCCUAUGUGUCGAACUGACCUGAAGCAGGAUGAGGAUGAACUCAAAGUUAACAAAACACUGCGGACAAUAUUACAGAAUUUCUUUCCUGGUUAUGAAGCUGGCAGAUAGAUCAAACUAAAUUUUUUAUGUUAUAUUUGUUACUGUUGUUUCAAUUUCUGGGUACUAUCUAUCUCUAGAUACAAGGUGGAUGGAUCAUUUUCUUGGUCUCGUAGCUCAGCUUAGUUAAUGAUCAAAUUCAGUGUACAUCUUUUUCAAACAUUGAUCAACCUUGUUUUCCCUUUUGAAAAAAAGAAAAUGUGACUAACAACAAGGAUGAUCGCAAAUUGUAUUGAAAUUUUUUUCUCAGCAGUGUUGACCAAAAGAAAUGAUGUCUGAUGACUGUUUAUGGUCAUUAGUUAGUAACUAGCCUACGUGCAAUGUUUGAUCAUUGUAGGUACUGUUAGAAAGGGAGGUAACAAGAUUGUUGCCGAUGUUCAGCUGAAUCUGCAAACAUUUUUAUUGCGAUAGAUAAAACUUCUUUCAAACUGUGGUAUUUCUUUUUUGUACUAGAUAGCACAAAGAAGACAUCUAAUAUACAAAUAUAUUUUUUUAUUCAUCAAGUCACUCAUAGUUGAAAUACUAGUCUAGACACUUGUCUUGUUUACAUCAUUUUAUGUGCCAUUAACUCAAGGAUCUCAAACAUAUGUCUUGAACGUGUACAUGUCAAUCUCACGUUUUAGUCUAGCUAGUAUGCAUUUGGACCUCACUAUUAAGGCUGGUGUACAUGUGAACCUCACUGUAUAGGAUAGUGUACAUGUGAACCUCACUGUAUAGGUUAGUGUACAUGUGAACCUCACUGUAUAGGAUAGUGUACAUGUGAACCUCACUGUAUAGGUUAGUGUACAUGUGAACCUCACUGUAUAGGUUAGUGUACAUGUGAACCUCACUGUUUAGGUUAGUGUACAUGUGAACCUCACUGUAUAGGAUAGAGUU